AUGGCGGCCAGUCCGCGAAACUCGCCCUGGCUUUCCCUGCUGCUCCUCUUGGGGCCAUUUUUUAACUUCGGCGCCUCCCCAGCUGCCUCUCUAGUCCCUGGAAUGGGCCCUACGAGACUGUUCAAACUGCCGUGGGACUCCGAGACUCCGCACUACCGAAUAGUUCGGCUGGAAAUAGUUCCGGUGUCUGUACAGCACGAGCUGGACGAGGCGGGGAACUUGCUGUGCGGGCUGCAGGACGGCGAGCAGCAGCAGCAGCAGCAGCAGCAGCAGCAGCAGCAGCAGCAGCAGGAGCAGCAGCAGGACUCUGCGUGGACUCCGUUUUCCUCGUUUCCAGCCUUCAGCUUCAAGACUGAAGAGGGGGAAGCUGCGGACAUCAGCGAAACCGGGCCGGACCCGCUGUACUUGAGUUUUUCUUACGACGUGGUUUUUCGGCGAAGUCCGAUUGGCUGGAGCGAACGCUGGGACAUUUACCUGGCCAACGCGCGAGACCGGCCGCUGAUCCACUGGUUUUCAAUAGUGAAUUCGCUGGUGGUGCUGCUGCUGCUGUCUGCGCUGGUGGCGAUGAUCUUGCUGCGGGUGCUGCACCGGGACAUCAGCCGCUACAACGACUUGCUCGCGGACGAGGAAGACGCCGAGGAAAAGGGCUGGAAACUUCUCCACGGAGAUGUUUUCCGAAAACCAGCGCAUGCAACUGUUCUCGCGGCUCUCACGGGGUCGGGAAUGCAGCUCGUCGGAAUGGCUUUUGUCACCGUCAUUUUCGCGGGUUUGGGCGUUUUCUCGCCGGCGUUUCGCGGCAGUUUGCUCCAGACGAUGCUGAUCCUCUGGACAGUCAUGGGGGCGGUCGCUGGGUACACUUCGGCGAGGAUGUACAAACUCUUCAAGUCUGCGAACUGGAAGCUGACGACUGUGCGGACGGCGCUGGUGUUUCCCGGAGUGGUCUUUGGCGUUUUCUUUUUCCUCAAUCUGCUGCUGUGGGCGCAGCAGUCUUCUGCUGCUGUCAGCUUCGCCGGGCUGCUGCUGCUGCUGGCCCUUUGGUUCGGCAUCAGCAUUCCCCUCGUCUUCCUCGCGCCGUUGGAUUCAUGGCUUCGUUUUUCUUCCUUCGGAAGAUAUAUUCAUCAAUUAAAGUUGACUGAUGCAGCAGCAGCAGCAGCAGCAGCAGCAGCAGCAGCAGCAGCUGUGCUGCUUCGAGCCACGAGACAGCAGCUGCAGCGAAAGCUGCAGCAAAAGGGCUGUUUGCAGCGAAGCAAAUAA